GAUGUGCGUCACUAGUGUACGGGAGUUUCGAAGCGUUAUAGGAAAAAGGCGGCCGUGGCCGCUCUCAGGUUCCUCUCUGCUGGGAGAUUUUUGUGAUGCUUUUACCGGCAAUUCAGCAGGUAUUUCGCGAUAAUAAAUAAACAGUUUGUCACAAUGCUGGAUCAUAAGCAGACGGAAGAGCUGACGGAUCACGAGGCUGAGUUGUACGAUAGGCAACUUCGUCUGUGGGGCUUAGAUUCACAAAAACGAUUGCGAGCUGCUAAAGUUCUUUUGAUAGGACUGGAUGGUUUUGGGGCAGAAAUUGCUAAAAACAUUAUUCUAGCUGGAGUCAACAGUGUUACAUUUUUGGAUCAUAGAAAUGUAACAGAGUUGGAUAGAUGUUCGCAGUUUUUUGUACCAAAAGAAGACAUUGGAAAGAAUAGAGCUGAAGCAUCAUUGCCACGAGCGCAAAAUCUGAAUCCUAUGGUUAAUAUUAAUGCAGACACAAGCAAGGUUGAUGAUAAGCCUGAUGAAUAUUUUGGACAGUUUAAUAUAGUAUGCGCUAUGCACUGUACUAUUCCACAGCUGAAGAGAAUCAAUCGAGCCUGCAGAAAGCAAAAAGUCAAAUUCUUUGCUGGUGAUGUAUGGGGAGCAUUGGGUUAUGUAUUCAUAGAUUUACAGGAACACGAAUAUGUAGAGGACGUGUCAAGAACAAACAAAGUGACAGUAUCAGAAGGUGGUGACUCUAUGGGAAAAGAAAAGAUUGAAACUAUAAUAGUUAAUAAGAAAUGUACUGAUAUUUUUGUACCGUUUGAGUUUAUCCUAAAUGUUCCGAAAACGUCUUUAGUUAGAGACGAAGAAAUCUACUAUAUGAUGCUAAUACUGCUAAAUUAUCGUGAAAAAUAUGGUGAAGAUCCAUUGCCUAGUGAUAGAGGUUGUGAAAAUCUAAAAAAUGAAGCUGCUGCAAUUAUUAAAAAAUAUGAAUUAGGCGACAAAAUAGAUUGCUUAAUGGAGAGCGAUUUAUACGCACAACUUAGUCCAGUUUGUUCUAUCGUCGGUGGUGUUAUGGCUCAGGAAAUAAUCAAGGCAGCGUCGCAGAAACACGCUCCACUCAAUAAUUUAUUUACAUUUAAUCCAAACACAUUGUGCGGAGCCAUUUUGAAAUUGGGCUAUUAAUCAAACAUGGUGUGUGGAGCUGAGUAUGCUAAAGAAUUUUUUAAUAUUGUGAUACUCUGACAUUAUGUUUUCCUAUUUUUCCAUCCUUUUUGUAUGAAUAACAAAAAGAAUUUUAUUUCAUCAUAUUUUAAAAAAUAAAAUUUCUUAUAUAACAA